AUGAUUUCUUGUCCGCCCGCACAGCAACCCAUGGCUUCCCAAAACUCUCAGGGCUUCCGCCCGCCUCGGCAACCUGCCACGCGAAUGCCCUCGUACCCCCAGGUUUCCGUCCGAGAUGAAAACGACUGCCUGAAACCGCCGAAACGUGCACAUACCUUCCACAACGGCUCUCCCACCCAGAAGCAUCGUGAGCAAAGCAGACUCCACCCCAUCGACAACACGGGGCCCGAUGCAUUCGAGACGGCCGAGCCUACCGACAAUGAUGACGCACACGAUAUGACGCGCGCCUCGGUCGACCUCGACGACCUGCCCAUUGAACUCAUCACCCUGACAGACAGCUUCAUCGAGUCUCUCGCUGCCAGGGUGCAUCCAACGCCCCCAAACAUCGACCGCCUGUCGCAGCUCUUCCAAGAAUUCUAUGCCCUGGCCUCAUCCCACGUCGGCACGCACAUCGGCGCCUUGGCCUCCCGACAGAGCCGUGAUGCCUCGCCCACCCCUUCCGGCACCACCAUAUCCUCUGCUGCCAGCCGUCUGCGGUCAAAGGCUGCGUCUUUCGGCACCAAGGAAAAGUCAAAGACGGAGGCGGAACAGCAGAUGAUCACGGCCGACGAAUUGGCCAACCGCAAACGCGCCAGGAAAGCCCUCGAGGCCAAGCGCGGCCUGCUGGAGGAGGCAGUGGAACGGAGGCUCUGCGAGGGCAUAUACGGCCGCAUUUACCGGCACAGGAGCACGCAGGACGAGGCUCUGGACGACAAACUCCGCUCAAAGACUGCGGCCCUCGCGCUCGUCGGCAUCGGCCUCGCCGACUUGGGCGUGGAGACGGGCGAGGGGGCACCCUCGACUCCCGAACACGCGGCAGACAAAGAAAGGGACGUGCGGGAAUGGCUGGGCCAAGCCAGAGCCGACCUGACCCGGAUGGGCGAGUCGAGAUAUCCCCUUGGAAAGCUCAACAACCUCAAGGCCGCCCACAAGAGCAUCGUAAACACGCUCGCCCACUUCCACCCCUCUGCGUCCGCCGACGAAAUCAUGCCCAUGCUCAUUUACACCCUCAUCACCAUGCCCCCGGAAAAGCUUCACAUCAUGAGUGACCUCCAUUUUAUCCAGCAAUUCCGCUGGGAACCAAAGUUGACCGGUGAGGCCGCCUAUUGCCUCACUAACCUCGAAGCAGCCAUCAGCUUCCUGCAGACUGUGGAUCUGGCCACUUUACGAGAAGACGAACACCCCUCUGGACAACCCAAGAGCGCGACCCAGCCCGGCACCCCGAGGGCAGAAACAUUCCCCCCUGCGUACCCUCAGGGGCCCCUAGAUGUGACGACUCCCACUAAGGACGCCGCUGAAGCCAACCCCAACAAUGCCAGCGCCACAAAGUCUGCCCCGCCACCAUCCGCCCUCAAGACCUCCAACGUGUUGAAGAACCGCCGGUUGAGUGAGCUCGUCAACACCCCGGCCCAGGCGUUUGGCGCGGCCAGCGACGCCGUUUUCAGCACGGCUGACCAGGGGCUCAAGACCAUCUCUAGCAGUCUGGGAGACAGUUACUCGUUCCUCUUGGGCAAGCUUCGCGACAGUCAGCAGAGCACUCAGAGUUCGUCGAUUGUCGUCCCACGCACCCUGGACGACGCCCGCAAGCUCGUCAGCACGCCGCCACCCGACGAGGACGACAGCGCCAGCGGCGCAAACUCUGCGGUGGGUGCCGAGGAUGCCGAGCAGAUGAAGCGCUCACCGGUGCGCGAGGACAAAGUCGCCAACAUGAUAGGACGUCGCCGGGAGCCGAGUGUGGAGAGCGCCAAAAGUGGGCGCAGCGCCAGCUCGAACAAGAAGGUGCUCUUCGCCGAGGAGUCCAAGAGCUCAACGUCUUUCCUCUCGUCCAGUCAGAGCCCUGCCGUUCUCGAGCAGGUGCGCAGUCUGGGCAGCUCCUUCAAUCCUAUGGCCCGGUUGUCAAAUAUCGGCAUGAUCAGAGGCUUUGGCCGCAACACACCCACGCCCACGGCCGCCGCAUCCCCAAAGGACAUUGGCAAGACAUCGGACGGGGGCGACUUGGCAUCAGCGUUUCCCGAUAUCGCAGACGCUCUUCCGCCCAAGGAGGGCCUCAAGGUGGCCCCACCGAACAAGCGCUUCAUGGAGGUGCAAGACCCGGGCGAGCUCCGGCUGAGCGAGGUGCAGGACCUGCUCGGGGAGUACCGCCGCAUGGCCGAGGCCCUCAAGAGCCUGGGCGCUUUCGAGGACAGCUGA